AUGCCCGCUGCUACAUCAACAACAGGCUUCUUCCAGGUCGAGCCGCAGCUCCCAAACGCCUGGGACGAGGACGCAACACUGCGCCGUGCCGCCGACCUCUUCCUCCCCGCGUCGACAGUCACGGCCGAGUCUGCCGACCUCCACUCGUUCGCUGCCGACGUCAUCUCACCCGAGAUCUUCGCGGCCAUCACCAACGCUGAGACGCAGCUCCCCUACCUCAACGGCGGAGGAUACACUGCCUUCGGCGCCCCGCAGGACGCGGCGACGCUCGUCACCUCGCCCGGAUGGAACAUUCUCCAGGACUUUGCCCUCGCCUCGGGCUUCGUGCCCCAGGGCUACGACGCCAAGCUCGGCGGAUCGGCACGUGUCAUUGAGGCGCUCAAGAUCGCCCUCUGGGCCCCUAGCUCGGCACUCACCACCUGCCCCUCGGGCAUGCAGGACGGCGCGAUCGAGGUGCUCCGCAACCAGCUGAGGAACAACACGACCCCGCCCGGCUGGAACAAGGACCUGCAGGACACGCGCACAAAGGUGUUCGAGGCGGCGCUUGGCCGGCUCAUGAACACCAACCCCAAGGAGGCUUGGACCUCGGGCCAGUGGAUGACGGAGCGCGCUGGUGGCUCGGACGUCCGCGGCACCGAGACGAUCGCCGAGUGGGUCGGCAUGGGUGCUGACGGCGUCGACUUGAACGGGCUGCCGCUUGGCCCGUACUCGAUCUCUGGCUUCAAGUGGUUCGCCUCGGCCGCCGACUGCGGUGUGUCCAUCCUGCUGGCGUUCACGCCCAAGGGCCUCUCGUGCUUCCUCGCCCCCACGCGCAAGCUCGUCAACGGCAAGGUCAAGAUCAACGGGUUCAGGUUCCAGCGUCUCAAGAACAAGCUCGGCACAAAGGCGUUGCCGUCCGCCGAGCUCGAGAUUAAGGGCAUGCGCGCAUGGCUUAUUGGAGGGGAGGGUCGCGGUGUGGCUGUCAUCUCGACCGUGCUCAACGUCACCCGUCUCCACAACGCCAUCCGUACCGCCGGCUUCAUGGGCCGUGGCCUGUCCGUCGUCCGCGCCUUUGCCCGCGUCCGUACCUUCCCCUCGCGUCCCGCCCCCAACAACUACCUCUACCACAUCCCCCUGUUCAACAAGACGCUCGCGAGCUUGACGGUCCGCUACCGCGCCGACAUGCUGGUCGCGACGUUCAUCGCUGGCCUCCUCGGCGCCGUGUCCACCAACCAGCGCACAGUAGCCGUCCUCCCCGCAUCGCACGAGGACAACGUCCUCCUCCUCCGCCUGCUCACGUCUGUCGCCAAGGCGUACACAACAAAACACGGCGUCGCCCACCUCCAGGAGUGCAUGGAGGGUCUCGGCGGUGUCGGCUACCUCGAGAACAACGAGACGCCACACCUCAACGUCGCCCGCAUGUUCCGUGACGCCAACGUCUUCCCCAUCUGGGAGGGAACCUUUGACGUGCUCUCCACCGACACUGUCAAGGUGCUCCGCGGCAAGCUCGGCGCCGAGUGCGAGGGUGCCCUCGGCCGCUGGAUCAACCAGGUGCUCAACGCCGGCUCGAGCGCACAGCUCGCGCAGGCCAAGCAGGCCAUCCGCGCCCGCUGGGAGGCAUUUGUCCUCUCCCUCCCGUCAGACAAGGACACGCUCAUGCCUCACGCGCGCUACGUCGUCAACACGAUCGGCGACAUUGUCGCGGCCACGCUGCUGGUCGCCGACGCCGAGCGCGACGGCAACGAGGUGGCCGCCGAGAUUGCCCGCCGCUUCAUCACGGCUCAGUUUGCGCCGGAGGACGUCAAGCCCGUGUUUGGCCAGACGGCCGGCGUGUCCCGCAUGGACCAGCUCAUCGCGUUUGAGGGCGACAACGAGGUGCUGGGCAAGACGCAGCGCGCAAAGUUGUAG